CAAAUAAUAAUUCGCCUUGUGUUUGGUUUGCAACUUGUUUUUGUACGGUAUUGCGGCUACUCUGUUGUGUCAGUUCUAUCUCUUAAUAAACAGCGAUCUUUUCAAAUUGGGAAGAAAACUUGUUACAGUUGAAAAACAAAGCCAAUUGAACCAGCUGUUGUUUACAAAGGUCAGGGAAACGUAUUCACAUAUAUUAAAUUUUGUCCACAAAAACACUAGCUUUGUUUAAAUAUUAAAUAAAAUAAGACGACGAAACAACGGCAAAUAUCAUAAAGAAUUUGAACAGAUGAAGUAUAACGAACAUCAUGAAAAUUCUUUGUGAAACUCAAGUAAUCAAUCGACAGACUCAAACAAAUAAAACGCCGCGAAUGGUGAAAUCUACGCUAGCGGUUGGUUAUCAUUGCACUGCUAAGGAUGAUAGCGGAAGUAGCAAAAAGUUCUUGGAAAUCAUACAUUUUACACCUCAAAAUAAGCUUGGCACACGCUACAAAAUCUACAAUAAUGUGGAGAAAAUAUUUACAAAAUUUUUGCAAGAUGGGAAAGCCACCAUAAGUUUUAGGGAGCCUGCGGAGAAUCUGCUAAUUAAAUGUGAUCCAAUACAAUUGAAGGGAUUUUUGCAAACUUUAAAGCUCGGUCUCGAGGGUAAAGGCUCCAUAAAUUUACGCGUGAAUAUCGCAGCAACUACCGGCAUACCACAAAAGUCUCAGCCGAAAAUUAAGAUGACCAUAACGAAUAGAGGUGAUUAUCCCAUAAAAGGCUUUCCCAGAACACUUAAGCAAUUAACUGUCACAGGUAUACAGCUGUGUAAAAUUACAUUUGAAAUUUGUACAUUAAAAAACCUAACAGUAUUAAAUUUAAGCUACAAUAAUAUCGAGAAGAUUCCCUUAGAAUUGGGGCGUUUAUCAUUAACUCAAUUGGAUAUUAGCAAUAACCAGCUAUGUGCUGAUAAAUCUUGGCUUUGGUUAAAUAGUAAAACACUACGGGAGAGUUUAAAGGAAUUGGAUUUUUCCGCUAAUAAAUUGGUUUUCUUUCCUCGUCCUUUAAUCAAACUGGAGAACCUUGUCACUUUGAAAUUAAACAACAACCUCAUUAAACGUUUACCUUUUGGUAUAAGACGUAUGCACAAUUUGCGUUACCUUAAUAUGUCCAGCAAUCAACUAGAAUCACUGCCUUCGUCUUUUAAUAGUAUACGUCUCGAAUUGUUGGACGUUUGGGGAAAUAAUUUUCAGCCGCAUAGAGAACACGAGAUGGACAAGAGGAACUCGGCGGAAUUAAAUACUCCCAGUCCUUUAUGGUUGUUGGCGUGCCGUUCAGUUUGCCAAUACAAAUUACCCUACUCAACCAAUUCAUUGCCCUGGGAGCUUAUCGACAUUUUAAUGGAGGCUCCUAAAUGUGCUUGCGGUCGGUUAUGUUACGGUCACAAGGUAUAUGAACAAGCCGCUUUGUCGACUUUUGAGAAUGUGAAAAAUUUGGUUUUUAGUCGCGAUCGUGCGAUAUAUGCCGACAUAGUUUUAUGUGGCUGCCUAUGUAUGGGUAAGAAACAAAUGUUGGCUAGUAAUUAAUAGUAAAUUUAAGUUUUUUCUGUUCAGUUUUUUAUUUCGACUUUCUAUUGCGUUAUUUUUUUUUUAUCUGCAGUGUCAAAGUGCAGCAACGUAAUAUGAUCCCUUUUAUCGUUUAAUGGUAGGGUUUUUCGAACUUUGAUGCACUUUAUUGAAAGAAACAACAAUUGUGAAUGGAACAAAUAGCACUCAAAGCAUUUUUAAUAGAAAUUAUAAAGUAAGGCAAGAAAAACUUUGUUUUGCUCCGAAUUACAAUCAGUCUGUCGUGGAGCUAAGUAGUUCAUCGAGUUUCAUUGAUUCCUUUUCCAAGUAUAUGGUACGAACUCUUUGAACAGCCGGAUAUCGUUCUUUCAAUUCCUUGCGUUGUGAACGAGCGCUACUCCUAAAAGCCUUCUUCAGUUUCUGAACUUCUUUAGCUAAGUCCAUUUGCAUUAUAAUUUUAGGCCAAUCAUUAUCGGAAAUUGGGCAUAAGGGGCGCUCUCACACAAAUUGCAGCAAAUUAUGAUAACAAUUAUGAUAACAAAAUAUUUGAAAAGAAAGUGAAACAAAAAAUAUUUUUUUUUAACGAAUGAAUAAAAUUUUAAUCGAUCUUAUAUGCCAAAUAUGCUCAAAAAUAAUAUCAUUUUUCAAUUGUUAGCUUUCAGCUGCUUUCAUUUUGUGAAGACACUUUGGAAAACCUUUUGUCACAUGUAUUUUUUGCAGUUGGUCUAAAACUUU